AAGAAGAAGAGAAGAUUAUCAACAUCUACUACAUACGUACUUACUUUUUAUUUUUCCUCUUGGGGUAUCCCCCUUUGUAUAUAUUCAAGUUCUGUUUUUAUUGUUUCACGUUACCCUGAUUCUUAUCGAAACAAAUUUCUACAGUGAUCAGUUUACAAUAAUUUGAAGUUAGGUUAUAAGAAUACAUGAAAUUACAGCUGAAUGCAGAUUGAAAGUUUAAAUACGGAGUCAAACGAAUCUGAAAUGCUAAACAAUGGAGAAAAAACAAGAAUGGUUGUUGGCUCUGAAGGUGCAUGGACUCCGUUUUUCAGAUACGGAAACUGACUCUGAUGAUUUUGAAGAAUUUGACCAUAUCCAUGAACAGUAUAAACCACCACCCCUUCCUUUAGAUGUUAUUCGGAGAAAUCUUGUUGUUGUGGCUCCUAGAAGACCUGAAAAUGUUUGGACCAAACGCUUGGAAGCUCAGUUGGAAAAAGCUAAGCAGUUUUCGGUAGUUGAAGAGCCAUUAAUUACCCCUGUUUUCAAUCAUCCACCAAUACAUAUUCCAGUUACUGACAAUAGCCUUCCAAAAAAGAAAAAGAAAAAAAAGCGAAAAAAUAAGAAAAAACGAAAAACCAAUGAGAGUCUUUCAUAUCAAGAGCAAAAUUUGAGAAAUUCUGAUCAUGAAUUGGAGAAUGUUCAUUUCGAAAAUGCUUUUCCAGAAAUGCAUUCAAAAGAGGCCAGUGUGAUUUUUCCAAUCAGCAACUGUGAAGUCAGGGAAGUUGAAAUUGAUGAAAGUAAAAAUGAAACUGAAUUUGUCCCAUUAGAUUUGAAUAAUGUGAUUGAGGAAAAUCAUAGGUCUAUGAAAAUUAACGAAAUCAACAAAGGAAAUGAACCACAUCAAAGCAUAGGUAAAGAUAUUGAUUCAUAUUCAGAUCCAAAUCAUGUCAUUGAAGUAAAUACUGAGAAAAACAUUGGUAACCAAAAGAAGAAAAAAAUUAAAUUCAUACCUCUUCAUCUACAUGAUUUUGAAGAAUUUGACCAUAUCCAUGGACAGUAUAAACCACCACCCCUCCCUUUAGAUGUUGUGGCUCCUAGAAGACCUGAAAAUGUUUGGAUCAAUCGCUUGGAAGCUCAACUGGAAAAAAAUAAGCACUUUUCGGUAGUCGAACAACCAUUAUUUCCCCCUGACUUCAAUCAUUCAUCAAUACAUAUUCCAGUUGUUGACAGUAGCCUUGAAGUAAAUGGAAAGAAAGUUGACAAUCACGAACUAGAAGUGGCAGAGUCUAGAUCUUCAAAUGUUUCCACUUUGAAACAAAUUGUAGAUUUUCAAUCAUUUGAAUCACUAAGCGAAAUUGACAAGAACUCCACAAAAAAGAAAAAGAAAAAAAAGGGAAAAAAGAAAAAAAAAGGAAAUACCAUUGAGAGCCUUUCACAGCAAGGGCAAAAUUUAAGAAAUUCUGAUCGUGAAUUGGAGAAUGUUCAUUUUGAAAAUGCUUUCCCAGAAAUGCAUUCAAUAGGGGCCAGUGUGACUUUUUCAUCCACCAACUGUGAAGUUAGCGAAGUUGAAAUUGAUAAAAGUAAAAAAGAAACUCAUUUUGUCCCAUUACAUUUAAUACAUACAAUUGAGAAAUAUCAUAGGUCUAUAAAAAUUAAAGAAAUCAACAAAGGAAAUGAACAAGAUCAAAGCGUAAGUUAUCAAAUUGAUUCAUGUUCAAAUCAAAACCAUGUCACUGAAGUAAAUACUGAGAACAACGUUGGUAACCAAAAGGAAAAAAAAAUUAAAUUCAUUGUGUUUCGUCCAUCUGAUGAAAAAUUCCCCUCACCAGCAGUUUCACAAUUUAAUUGUUUGGAUACAGAGACCCCAAAGAAUCAAAAUGAAAAAAAUAACACUAAUAAACAAAGUAAUUCAAAUGAAAGGCAAAACUCGUCAAUUAAAGGUAAGAAGAAGAAAAAUAAGGUUAAUGAAUCAAGCAACAUAUUAUGUGAAACAUUUUCUAAUUUUACAUCAAAAGUUGAAGUUCCUCGAAAUGAACAGAAACCUUCCAAUAAUAAUAAAGUCAGGGAUGCAAGAAAUGAAGAAACGAAAACAUCAGAAAGGCAGAUUUCUUAUAGAAAUACUAAUGAAAGUAUAAUUGGAACUCCAAAUUCUAGUCUAAUUAAUAGUUUAAACAACUUGUGGAGUCCUAGUGAACUUUCUGGUGAUGAAACAAAAAGUAGAUAUAUUUCUUUUCCUAAUCCUGACCUUUAUCAAUCUGUUAUCAAAGUUGAUAAUGAAUCUAAUGAUGGUGAAACUAAAACUGAUUGUAACAAUGACUUAUGUGUAAUUGUUUCAGAUGUAAAAAAGAAAAAUACUCCAGAAAAAAUAGAGACCGAUAAUGAACAAAUUGACAAUGAAUUACCAACUCAUCUAUCAAAUUCUGAUACCCUUGAUGGAAUUUAUAAGGAAAAUUUGCAAUAUGAAAGUAAAGAAACAAAAGAAAUAGCACUGCCUACGUCAACUAUUAUAUUGUCUGAGAAAAAGAAAAAAAAGAAUAGGAAACGUACUAAACACAUGCAAGAAAAUAUAGUUUCUGGAUGCACAAGCUUCAAUACUUUUAGUAAUGAUAUAAAAGUAUAUGAAGAUAAAAAACAAGAAAACGCUUAUGAGGAAAGCUUUGAAUAUUUCGAUAAAUCUGAUACUAUCAAAGAUAACAUUCUAGGAAUAAAAUGUGGUUUUUCUGGUGGGGCAAAUGAUGAGAAAACUUCAAGAAGUCGUAAAAAUAAGGUGAAGCAUUAUGGUACUGAUGUUUUAAAUAAUAUAGAAAUUAAUGGAGAUAUGAGUAUUGUUCCUUAUAAUGAUGGACUCGCCUGUUGUACACUAGAAAAUUUGUUAAUUGAUUCAGAUUCACAUUAUUUUCAAAAUAAUUAUUUUUCUGGAUAUGAAUAUGGAAAUGCCAAAAAUAUUUUGACUGAAUUUAAUUCUUUCGAAGGAGUGGGUAAAGACUUUAGUUUUUAUACAAGUGAACAAGAAAAGUUGCGUGAUGUGAGGAGACGAAGAAGUAUUUUGUUUCAAACAUAUGAAUAUAAUAUUUACCAACAUUCAAACAAGAUGGUAACAUUCAAAUUGACAGAAGAUCCUAAAGAAAAUGUCUGCUGGACAAAAACAACUUGUUUUCUAAAUGAUGAAUCGGAAGAGAAUGCAGAAGACCAAAGUGAAACACGAUCUUUACAAUAUCCAAUUGACCAUAGUGAAAUGAAUUCUGACCUAUUCAGGGAAAAAGAUACUCAAAUUGUGCUCAGGACUGAUCAAAGUGAAUUUAAAAAUAUACCUUUCCUCAGAUCACAACUUGAAAUUUCCAAAGUGCCUUCUCGUUUUACAAUAAUAAUUCAUUUGAUAUUCUUUUUUAUAUUCCUUGAUUUGGUGCUAUCUUUCAUGAAUUGGGUGUUAGAUCAUUUAGUAUCUAUAACAUUAUUCUUGAUGUAUAUCAUAUUCAACAUUUUUUCAGGAAUAUUCAAUUUUGAUCAGAUAGGCCGGAAGUAGGCAUAAAUUUCAAUAAAAUGUAAAAGUAGUGAGAUAUUCCAGUGAGAUUCCCGAGUAAUCAUUUUCAAAAUUUCACUUUCAAAAUUCAUUCAGUGGUUACAUCAAUGUCUUGGAAAAAUAAUUAAAAUUAGGCAAGUAUUAUUGUGUUUCCCAAUAUACUGACUGAUGUGAAUGAAACUGGUGAGAAGUAAAUGUUUCUCAGUUAGUUCAUAUUCAAUAGCAGUUUGAAAUAUUGUUCGAUAUUUUGACUCGUUUCAUAAUAAUUUCGUUUUCAGCCUACCAAACCCAAAUCUGACGAAAAAAUAAUGUGACACCAUAUUCAUAGUUACUUCUGAAGUACACUAUGUACUGGUCGUAGUACAAUGCACAAUGUUCUUUGAAAGUUAUUUUUGUGGGAGAGUCAAUAUUUUUUUUAG